UUCAAAUUUACUUUUCCGAACCAUAACUAAACGAAACUGUAUGAGGAUGAAAUAUAUUAUAAACCAGAUUAUACUGAGACCUCCCACUAUAAAAUGUUUGAGAUUUGUGAAAUCAGUAUUAAUUAUAUUUUUAUUCGCACUUUGAACUGAACUCCCUGUAAUGUAGUUCUUUAGGUCCAUUUUAUCUAAUCAUAUUUGAUAAAAGCAUUCCUUUAAGUCAAAAUCUGCCAAGUAUAGGAAGCGGUAUAAAUUGGAAUUGCAAUCGGUGAACAUUUUAUAAUUAGAAGAAUAUUCUAACCACCACACAAGAUCAAGCUGUAAAAAAAACUAUUAAUUUCUUGGAGAUUUGGGCCACAAGAAGCGAUCAUCAUGCUGUGAGCUUCUCAUCCUUAUAUCUGAAGUGCCCUACAGGGAGAAUCAAUUGCAGAAAUGGCAGCAGCAGAUAACAAUUUCCCUAGCAAAAGAUUUAAAGGAAUGGAAAAAGAAAUUCGUGAUUCAGAAUCUUUCACACCACGUGAUUAUCAGAUUGAAAUCCUUGAGGUUGCUAAGCAGAGAAAUACAAUUGCCUGCCUAGGUACAGGUACUGGAAAGACUUUCAUAGCUAUAAUGCUUAUUCGGGAAUAUGCUAAUGAAGUACGGAAACCUUUCAAAGAAGGUGGGAAAAGAAUCUUUUUUGUUGUUCCAACAAUCCCUCUUGUUAUUCAACAAGCUGAAACUAUUGAGAAUCACACUGAUCUUGCAGUUGGUCGUUAUUACAAAAAAAUAAAUGUGUAUUUGUGGGUUGAUGAAUUUUGUAAGAGUGAAGUUCUUGUUAUGACUCCAGAAAUAUUUAAACUCAUCCUUGAACAUGCUUUUAUUCUACCAAGGCAAAUAAAAUUAAUUAUCCUAGACGAAUGUCAUCAAACUCUAGGACAUCAUCCAUAUCGGCAAGCUAUGAAGCAUUUUAUAGACCUUCCUUCAAGUGAUAUCCCCAGAAUUUUUGGUUUGACCGCUUCUCUGCUUAAUGGUAAAUGCAAACCGCAUAAUUUGGAGAAAAAUUUAAAAGACCUUGAAAAGAGUCUGAGAAGUACAAUUGUCACAGUAAGUGAUGCCACUGAUCUUCUGGAUUAUGGAACGGAUCCCAUGGAGUCUGUUGUAUUAUAUAACAAAUAUGAACUAGGAGGAAAUGUGAUUCUAUUGAGAAUUGCAGAAAAGAUCAAGGAAGUUAAUAAUGAAAAGAUAAAAAUAGAAAUGAUGCAUGAUUUGACAUUUUUUGAUGAGCCCUUAAAGUGUCUGAACUCCCUUUCUGUAGUUCUAAAAAACUUGGGUCCAUUCUGUGCAUAUAAAGCUGCUGAUAUAUAUGCUAGAGAAGUUGAAGCAUUACUGAAUCAGCCAUUUGCUGAUAACUGUCACAGAAUGCUAAAUGAUAUACAUUAUUUUCUCAAGGAAGUGAAAGAAAAUUGCAUAUCUUUGGAUACGCUUUCAGAAAGCACCAAAAUAAAUUCCAUGCCUCAUAAGAUGAAAAGAUUGUUAGAUAUUUUCUUAGCAUCCAAGCGACAUGCAAUGGAAUUGUGUGGAAACUUUCCAGACAUUAAAGAUGUUCCAUUUACGGAAAAUCCUAUUAAACAUUAUCAGAUUUUCAAACAGAAGCAAGAUCUGAAGAAAGCUGCUAAUUUCUGCUCCAUUGUCUUUGUUAGAGAAAGAAUCACAGCUUAUGUCCUUUAUCAGUGGCUUUUGGAAAUAAAAAAGAAGUAUGUUGAAUUAGAUUUUUUGAAACCAGAAUUUCUUAUUGGCCAUGGAGUUAUGUAUAAUGCUGAGUCAUCCAAAUUUGAGAAUACACAACGAAAAAAGUUAAAAGAUUUCCGGGAGAAGCAGCUCAAUGUCUUAGUUGCUACACAAGUUUUGGAGGAAGGAAUAGAUAUUAGACAAUGUAAUCUUGUUAUUCGUUUUGACUUACCAACUAAUUUCCGUUGUUACAUCCAAUCUAAAGGCCGAGCUCGAGCUAAAAAUUCAAAUUAUGUUUUACUUGUAGAAGAAAAAGAUGUGUUUGAAAAGUUUAUGGAGGAUUUUGUCGACUUUAAACGUAUUGAAAAAAUGCUUCAGUCAAAAUGUCAUGAUCAUACCAUGCCUACUGAAGAAGAAAUUUCUGCACAUAUGGCUGAUUCAUUGAUUCCUCCUUACAUGCCAAAGGGACCUGAUGGGCCUAGAAUUACUAUGAGCUCUGCUAUUUCAUUAGUUAAUCGGUACUGUGCUAGUUUACCUUCAGAUAUGGCAACUAAAUUAGUUCCUCAGUGGUCAAUUCGUGACAUUGACCUUGAUAAUAAUCAGAAAGAGUAUGAAUGCACUUUACGCAUGCCUAUUAAUUCUCCUCUUCGACAAACUAUUGUGAGUGCUCCAAUGAGAGGAAAGAAGCUUGCUAAAAUGUGUGCUGCUCUUAAAGCAUGUCAGUUGCUAAAUGAGCAAGGCGAACUGAAUGAAAAUUUGAUGCCUAUCAGUUGUUUGGUGGAUGAUGCAUUUGCAAAAGAACUGGGUGAAAUUGAAGAGGAAGAUGGCAAAGGAGCAAUUCCUGGAACAAAAAAGAGAAGACAAAUAUAUGAUAAGCAUGUGCCAGUUUUUCUUAAGGGGGUUAAGCCACAACCUGGUAAACAUUGUUAUUUGAACAUUAUAAAUAUGAUACUUGAAGAGCCUUUGCCCAAAAUUCUAAAUCCACGAAAAAGACCUCUAUUUGAUCCUGCAAAAACACCCAGGACUUUAGCUCUCCUCUGCUCAGUGAAAUUGCCUUCUGUAAAUCCUUUUCCUCUCUUCACUAAAUCUGGUAAAGUUCUUAUUACUAUUACUGCAUAUGGUACUCCUUUCAUUCUAACUGACCAGAAUAUUCAAGACAUUGAAGACUUCCACAGAUUUAUCUUUUCUGAAACUCUCUGGUUAAAAGAGCAGAUAGAGUUUCAACCUUUGGCUGCUCCAAGUUCCUAUUAUAUUUGUCCAGUAAUUGAAGGAAAAAUCGAUUGGGAUUUCAUUUUCGCAACAAAACAGCAUCCUUAUCAAAGGCAAAAGUUGGAAACAAAAGAUACUUUUGAAAGAACACCUUUUGAUAUGGAGAAAUUUUCUGAUACUGUUUUAAUGCGUUCCUACAAAAUAGACGCAUGUAAAUCUGAACUCCCUACUUUCCACCAUGUUGUAAGAAUUUGUCGUGAUAUGAAACCAACUAGCCCAUUUGUAACAGAUUCAAAAUAUAAAACAUUUGAGCAGUACUUUUUUACAAAAUAUAAUGUUCUGAUACAUGAUUUACAACAACCCUUAGUAGAGACAAUACAAAUGAGUGGCCUUCACAUGUGGAAACCUUUGUAUAUCUCACCUAAAGAAACUUUUGAUGAUAAAAAUGUCUCCUGCAAAACUAAGAAAAAGCAUCAAAAUUACAGAGAAUAUUUAGUUCCAGAAUUAUGCAUUAUUCAUCCUUUUCCUUCAAGUUUCUUUUUCAAAGUUAUGUGCCUUCCGUCCAUAUUAUUUCGACUCAAUAGCCUUCUUCUUGCAGAAGAAAUCCGUCAAGUUGUUGCUCGAGAAGCUCAUAUUGGAACAGUUGGACUGUCAGAAGUAUGGCAACCAUUCCAUUUGGAAACUAGUAAUAAACCAUUAAUUGAUCAUCUUUUUCAAAUUGGAGAACUUAGAAAAAUGCCCCGAAAUGAAAUUAUGCCAUGUGAUAUUAUAAAGGACAUCAGCAGUAAUGAGAUAACUAGUUUUGAAGUAAAAAUUGAUUUAAAAACUCAUACUGGACCAAGCCCCAGUUUAUUACUUCAAGCUUUGACUACAAAAAGUGCUGGAGAUGAGUUUGAUUUGGAGCGUUUCGAGAUUAUUGGGGACUCUUUCUUAAAAUAUUCUAUGUCUGUUAAGACAUACAUCAAAUAUUCAAACUUUGAUGAAGGAAAACUCACAAGUCUCCGAAGUCAACUGAUUCAAAACCUUAAUUUGUAUCAGAAGGGUAAAAAGAAGAAGUUAGGGGAAUACUUAAUCACUACUGGCUUUAAUUGCAGCAAAACUUGGCUUCCCCCUUGCUAUGUUGUGGAAGAUCAUAUUGAUGAGAAAAAUUUAAAUAUGAAACUCAGAAAAGAAGGAAAUGAAAAAGAUAUGGAUUUAGUUGAGGAGUCAGAAAAUCCACUUCAUCUGUAUUUUACGAAGCAAGUCAUUUCAGACAAGUGUGUGGCUGAUUCUGUAGAAGCUUUAAUUGGUUGUUAUUUAUUAUCUUCUGGACAGUUAGGAGCUUUGAAAUUUAUGGCCUGGCUUGGUGUUAAUCCUUUCUUAGACAAUGAAACUGAAUUUGAAAAUUGGCCUCCUCCUCCUCCAAACCCCAUUGUUUGUGAACCUGGUCCAUUAAUUCAUCAUCGUCUAGAAUUUCUUACAAAUGGAUUUAAUAGAUUUGAAGAAGCAAUUGGUUAUACAUUUAGAAAUAAAGCAUAUCUUCUACAGGCAUUUACCCAUCCAUCAUACUACGUUAAUGAUAUCACAGAUUGCUAUCAACGAUUGGAAUUUUUAGGGGAUUCAAUUUUAGAUUAUUUGAUUACACGCCAACUGUUUGAAGAUCCUGCUGGUCAUUCUCCUGGAAAACUCACAGAUCUCCGGUCCGCACUGGUCAAUAAUAUAAACUUUGCUAUCUUGGCUGUUAAGCACAAUUAUCAUGAUUUCUUAAAAAUAAUGUCACCUAAUUUGUUUAAAUUAGUGAAUCGAUUUAUAGAAGUGUUGAAGAAAAGUGAACAAUAUAAAUUUUUUGAAAUUCACCAGUAUUACCUUGAAGAAAUUGAAUGCUUUGAACUGGAAGAUGUUGAUGUUCCCAAAGCAUUAGGUGAUGUAUUUGAAUCAGUUGCUGGUGCAAUUUAUUUAGACAGUGGGAUGUCUUUGGAUGCUGUUUGGAAAGUGUACUAUCCGUGGAUUGCACCAAUAAUGAAACAUUUCUGCAAACAUAUCCCAAUAUCUCCUGUCAGAGAACUAUAUGAACUUGUCAAAUGCCAAAAAAUAUUUGGAGAACCAGUGUUAAGAAACAAAAAUACUUAUAUUGAAGUCACUUUACCAGAUGGAAGGAAAUAUCAAGGUGUUGGUCCUAAUAAGAAAAUUGCAGAGAAAUCUGCAGCAAAAAGAGCUCUUGCUGAUUUAAAAAAUAAUUCAAGAAUGGACACCUCUGAAUGAAACUAAGAAUAUCAGAGGAAAUUUUUAGAUCAAAAAAUUGUUUACAUUUGUUAGUUUUUAUCAAUACUAUUUAAAGUUCUGUUAAUUUUAAUGUUACUUCUAUCAAAUGUGGUUGUUUUAUUAAUUGUUCUCAUAAUGUAAUCAUUUGUAAUUUUAGAGCUUUUAAUUAUAAAAGUGUUGGCUGUGAAGAAUUGCCAUUUACUUCCAUUUUUAUAAUUAUUUGAAAGUCAGUUUUUAAAUAAACUGCAAUUUGUAGGAUAUGAUAUAUUUCUAUUGAACAUUAGCCACAUAUAGAAUUUAAUAUUGCAAUUUUAAUUUUUGUUUCUUAUCUUAUAAUGUGACUUUUAAUGUUGUUAUCAUCUAUUAAACUUACCAUUUUUUUUAAUUAUUAUCUUAUGCAUAAGUUAAUUAACAUCUUAACUUAUUUAAUUUGUGCCUGAAGCGGGGUUACUUAAUAUGUACAGAGUAUCUCAAUUUCUAAUUUAUGUUAUAAAUAGAUAUUAGAUUUUCUGUGCAGAGGUUACUAUUUGCAGAAAAGUAUUAUUGAGAAAUUUUAAUAUUCACGAUUUCUUUUUACUCCUUCAAUGAGAACAAACUAAGAAGUGUUUCUAUUUACAUAAAUAUGCAAGAGAAGUUUUAAAACUGUUGAAAAAACUCAUAACUGGUAUAUUUGAUAUACAUAAAAACAAUUCACGAUUUCUUUUUACUCCUUCAAUGAGAACAAACUAAAAAGUGUUCAAAUUUCAUUAAUAUGCAAGAGAAGUUUUAAAACUGUUGAAAAAACUCAUAACUGGUAUAUUUGAUAUACAUAAAAACAAAACGCAGUGAAAGUGUUUGUUAUUUUGAUUUAGUUAAGUGUAAUUUAUUCAGAUUUGAAGAAAUUUUGUCUUUUUAAAAGAUAUAUAUAUAUAAAAUAUGCCUGUAAUUGAUUCCAAAGAAAUAAUUUAAAUUAUUAUGCAAUAUAAUUAAAAUGUUUAAUAUCUACAUUUGCAUCUAUAUAUAGUUAUUCAUAUAUGUAUAUUUUAACAAAAAUUAAAGUUAAAAUCGUUUUAAGAAAAUAAGAACAUUGUACUUUUUUUAUAUAUAAUUCUCUUUUUUCAUUUAAGCUUGCAUUCAAAUCCAGCAAGCACAUAAGAUUUUCUGUUUUAGCCUUGGAGUGUGGGAGUAUUUACUUGUAAUCAUGUAGCAAUUGCUGAUACUAGAAACAAAUCUAGAAAUUUUUGAAAAAUCUAUAGAUGAGAUUUUGUAACUGUUGGUCUUGAAGCAUGGGACUCUUAACUUGUAAAUCAUGCAUUUUAUGAAAAUGUUUGAGGCAAAUUAAAAAUCAUUAAAAAGAUUUGAAUGAGACCUUAACUUUUAAGCCUAGCAUAAGACUCUUUACUUGUAAAUUAUGAACCUUCCACAAUUGUUUGAUGCAAAUCUUGGUAUCAUUGUAAGGAUUUUGCAUUUUUUAACCUUGGAGCAUGGGACUCUUAACUAUAAAAUAAUAAUUAUAUGGCUGUUGGAUGUAAAUCUACUAGAAAUUAGUGGAAAGAUCUAAGGUUGCUCAAGUUAUUGAAUGAAAUCUAAUUGCUCUAAAGUGCAUUAUCAAAACUUAUGAAGGGGUUAUUCUUGUAUUAACUUUUAUUCUUUGCCAGAGCUUAAUAAAUGCUUUUCCGUUGCGACUCCAUAUUAGAUAAAAAAGAAAAGUUUUCCAUAUUCCAAUUUAUAAAAAAAAUUCUUGGUGUUCCAUGUUGUGCGGACUGAUGGAUGUUAUGUAUUGGACAUACUCUACAAGAAAGAUAAUGAAUAAAUAGAUUUUUAAGAUUGUUUUAUAUACUCUGAGCACCAUUUACUACUCUCUCAAAUAUGAAGUACACAUAGAGAAUUUAUUGUAUUCAGCAAAUUGAAGAGGAAAUAUUUAGUAUUAAUAACUAAUAGACCAAA